AUUGGGGCCGGGGUCGGCUUCGGCAGAGGCUGCUGUGAGCCGUGAAGGCUUCGGGGCUCGACUAGGUCGUGGCCCGGGAGGCCGGAGGAGGAAGGGAUGCUGAUCCAAUUACUGAACUGAAACCGUGCCUAGAUGUGCACUGACCUCCUCCAGUUUCUUCUGGGUUUCGGACUUCAUUCUAAAUAAAUAAGUUAACAAGAGUUGAGAGUAAAGCAGCACCAUCCUGCCUCCCACAUGACAAAUCAAGAUCAUCUGCUCUUUGAUAAUAGACAACCUUAUUCACAAAAAGUGAGGCCAUGAGAAGCCGCCGGUCCUUAUUGCUGGGGCCAGCACGCCUGUGCUUGCGUUUGCUUCUCCUCCUGGGCUACAGACGCCGAUGCCCACCAUUACUUCGGAACCUUGUACUUCGUUGGCGCUAUGGAAAAGUCUGUCUUCGUUCUCUACUCUACAACUCCUUUGGGGGCAGUGACACUGCCAUUGACUCUGCUUUUGAGCCUGUGUAUUGGCUUGUUGACAAUGUGAUCCGCUGGUUUGGGGUGGUCUUUGUGGCCCUGGUGAUUGUGCUGACGAGCUCCAUUGUGGCUAUUGCCUACCUGUGUGUCUUGCCUCUGAUCCUCCAUACAUAUUCAGUGCCCCGAAUCUGCUGGCACUUCGUCUACAGUCACUGGAACCUCAUCCUCAUCGUCUUCCACUACUACCAGGCCAUCACCACACCUCCUGGAUACCCACCCCAGGCUAAGACUGACCUUGCUACUGUAUCUAUCUGCAAGAAGUGCAUUUAUCCCAAACCAGCACGGACACACCACUGCAGCAUCUGUAACAGGUGUGUGCUGAAAAUGGAUCACCACUGCCCUUGGUUGAACAACUGUGUGGGCCACUACAACCACCGGUACUUCUUCUCCUUCUGCUUCUUUAUGACUCUAGGCUGUGUCUACUGCAGCUUUGGUAGCUGGGAUAUGUUCCGGGAAGCUUAUGCUGCCCUCGAGAAAAUGAAACAGCUCGACAGGAACAAACUCCAGGUGGCUGCCAAUCAGACAUAUCACCAGACCCCACCACCCACUUUCUCCUUCCGGGAAAGGAUGACUCACAAAAGCCUGGUUUACCUAUGGUUCCUGUGCAGCUCUGUGGCACUGGCCUUAGGGGCUCUGACAGCAUGGCAUGCUGUCCUCAUCAGCCGUGGUGAGACCAGUAUUGAGAGGCACAUCAACAGGAAGGAGAGGCAUCGGCUCUCACUAAAGGGCAAGGUAUUUAGGAAUCCUUAUAAUUACGGCUGCUUAAACAACUGGAAGGUGUUCCUGGGUGUGAACACAAGAAGGCACUGGCUCACUCGUGUCCUGCUGCCUUCCAGUCAUCUGCCCUAUGGCAAUGGGAUGACCUGGGACCCUCCUCCCUAUGUGACAAUAGCCCCAGACUCUGUGCUGGCUGUGUGAGCUGGGCUUGGGUACAUAUGGCCUCUAAGGCUGGUCCUACCUCCUCUAUGGUCUCAAGGGACUGGAGAUCUCUUUAAAUCCAGAACAAAGUUUGGAUAGGGAGAUCUUUGGAACCACGAAGCAAAAGAAGUCAUUUGGACUGGCUUCCUGAAUCACAGAACGCUAUGGUGUCAACCUUUGGGUGCCAGGGGAGCAGCGUGACACGGAGGACUCCAGGGCUAAAGUCCCUUUCACUCAGGCUAACAGAAGUUCCAGUGUCCAUGUUGCCAGGAUUCUAGAUGGGGGUAGAGCCUGUGCCCCAAAUGAAAAUUAUUAAGAGACCCAGUCUGGGUUAUAGCAUUGGUAUUGUGUACCACCUCCCUCUCUGUGUGAGAAAAAAAUGGGAAAAGAGCUUAAAGGUACAAGUAGACCCCUGGGCUCUUACUGAGGUCACUGCCACUUUUCACACUCUGCUUACUGCAGAAAUAAAGGUAUUUCCUUUUGUAAAGACC